AUGUCUUUAUUCGGCACAUCACCAGAAGACCCUUCUGCGGGUAAUGCUGCUCAGAGAUCCAAGUCCUCUCUUUUCGCCGACGAGCCGGCUACGGGCGGGUCUUCGUCCCUGUUCGCAGAUGACGACGGCGACGACAGCUCCUCUCCGUGGAACAUCCAGAACAAUACCGCGAAGAGGACUGCGCGCCGCGAUCUAGCCCGAACGUUACUUCCUGCCACCGAUGUACCUGAGAGCUAUGUCGACGCAUACGAUCUGAUUCUGAACAGCGGGGACAGGGUUGGCUCCGGGAUCGGGCUGACCUCCGUUCGGGAGAUUCUUUCCAGCAGUGGGCUUACUGCAACUGAUCAAAGCAAAGUUCUGAACCUUGUCUCGUCUGGAGAUCAUGAAAGCUUUGGUGGGCUUGGUCGUGCCGAGUUUAACGUCCUGUUGGCCCUGGUCGGUCUAGCGCAGGAAGGCGAAGAGCUAUCCUUCGAUGCGGUUGACGACCGUCGCAAGAAAUUACCCCAACCCAAGACUGAUUAUCUCAAUCGGCUACGAACUGCCGGUGAUGCCUCCUCCGAGCAACCUCACCGACCUGUGACUCCUCCCUCCCAAGCUCCCGUAGUGCAAACUCCCGGGUCCGCCCAUUCGCGACCCGCACGACGAGAAUCCCUAGGUGGAUUGGAAGCAGACCCGUGGGGUAGUCCACAAUUACACCGAGGCCACAACCAUGAGACAUUGGACGCCGAACAACGGGCAUUGAAUGGUUACGGGAGUGUGAAAUCUACGACAAACGCCUGGUCUAGCAAGGCUACCGAAGAGGCUUAUCAGGGCGACACGGCUGAGCGGGGACAUUCCAAUGGUCAAUCUGAGGUUCCGCCUCCCAGUAGCUUAGGGUCAGGAUGGGGGAACAACCUGAGCAGCACGGGCCCCAGCCAGCAGAGUGGGUUUGGGAGAGUUGAGGGACCAGCGCUCGGUGGGUUUGGCCCUCCAGAAGAUGACCCCAAUGAGAUCGCGCCCCGACGCCGGUCCCUUGGUCUCAGCCGCUCAACAAACCCGCAAGUGGAGGAGACUGUGACGGUGACACUACUCCCCGAGAAGGAAGGGUUGUUCAUGUUCCAGCACCGCAACUAUGAGGUGAAGUCUGCACGACGAGGCAGCACUGUAAUUCGGCGUUAUAGCGACUUUGUUUGGCUACUGGAUUGUCUUCAGAAAAGAUUCCCAUUCCGGCAAUUGCCUCUUCUUCCACCCAAGCGGGUUUCAGUCAAUGGCACUCACCUCUCAGCGGAUUCAAAUUCCUUCCUUGAUAAGCGUCGCCACGGUCUUGUUCGAUUCACGAAUGCUCUUGUGCGCCACCCUGUUCUUGGUCAGGAACAACUGGUUGUUAUGUUUUUGACUGUUCCAACGGAACUUUCGGUAUGGCGCAAGCAGGCUACGAUCUCUGUCCAAGAUGAGUUUGUUGGCCGUACUCUUCCACCAGACCUUGAGGAUUCAUUGCCUCCAACCCUCGACGAGACAUUCGAGACGGUCCGCAGCGGUGUCAAGCGGUCUGCCGAAAUUUAUAUUAAUCUUUGCACUUUACUCGAGCGCCUGAGCAAGCGAAACGAUGGCCUGGCUGCCGACCAUCUCCGAUUUUCUCUCGCGCUGCAGUCCUUGACCGAGGUGACAAAAGACACGUAUGCUGUUGACACCAACGAUAUCCCAGCCCUCAAUGAGGGCAUUACCGCUACCGCUAGGCACCUAUCUGCUAGCCAGAGCCUGCUUGAGGACGAAGCAAGAGGCUGGACUGAGGGGGUCUUGGAAGACCUGAAGCGUCAGCGGGACUGUUUGGUCAGUGUACGCGAAAUGUUCGAUCGGCGGGAUCGGUAUGCACGGAACAACAUCCCGCAGCUAGAACGACGCAUCGAGACCAACGAGCGUAAGCUGCAGGACCUUCGCGCCCGACCCGCAGGUACCGCGAAACCAGGAGAAAUUGAGAAAGUGGAGGAUGCUAUAUUCAAGGACAAAGAAUCAAUCGUGCAGCAGCAUGCGCGGGGCGUCUUCAUCAAGGAAUGCAUUCGCGAUGAACUUGUCCACUUCCAAGGAAGCCAGUACCAUAUUAGCCGGCUGCACCAGGACUGGAGCCAGGAGCGGGUCAAGUACUCAGAGUUGCAGGCAGACAACUGGCGUGGCUUGAGUGAUGAAGUUGAGGGCAUGCCGACGGGCGUCUAG